AUGACUUCCAAUGUAUCAUAUGCUGCUUUAGCAAAGUCAUUAUCUGAUGGUAAAUCGCCAAAGGAAGCUCCUGUUGAGACACAGACACCUACUACCAAGACCACUGAAUCAAAGGAUAUUAAAGACACUAAAGACACCAACGACAUUAAGGAGACCAAGGAGUCUAGAGGGCCCGUUAAGGACACCAAAGGAGCAACUAAAGAGUCCAAAUCCAAGAAAUUGGAGUCACAAUCACCAGCUGCUUCAUCUGACUCAGCUCCUUCAUCAGCAGCAAACACCAACACCACCAAUACUGCAAACUCCAACACCACCAAUACUGCAAACUCCACUGCUGCCACCAACUCACCCAAGUCAUCACCUGCCAAAGUAUCUUUGGCACCAGCACCAGUCCCUACUACGUCAGUAUGGGGCUCGAUAUCCAACGAUGUUGAUGCAUUAAAGAUUAACGAUACUACCACCACUUCGGACAAUAAACGUACUCCAUUAUUGGGUGAGCAGACGCCGUCGAUAAAGAAGCAACAACAACCCAAGAAAUUUAUCAAGCCUAUAACCACUAAAUGGGUCCCCUUGGAUGUUAAUGUGACUUUACAAUCAAGAUCGACUGGUGGUUCGAAACCUAGAAGCAAACGGAGACAGAAUAAUAAUCAUAGUUCUGGUGCAACUAAUCAUCAUCGUGGAAAUGGCACUUCUUCAGGUAGGGACGAGAGAUUGAAAUCUGCAUCAACAACAACCACAUCAUCAUCAUCAUCCACGUUCAAAAAGAGAGAAGGGUCAAGAGAUGAGUCCAGUGACAAGUUGGAAAUUUUGUCAGGAACAGGGUCAAGAGACGAAUCAGAGUCUUCUGAAAAGCCUGUUCAAGAUGAUCAAGAACAGUCUGACAGCAACGUUGACUCAUCUGGUCAAGCUAGCCAGGUUGCGCAAGAUGAGAAUGCUACUGAGGGUGAACCAGCUCAACAAAACGAGGAAUCUCCUGUAAAUGAUCAACAAUCACAACAUUCGACUAACCAGAAUCAACAAUAUACACAACAACAAAAGCCAUUUAAUAGACGCUUCAACCCUAAUUACAACAACAAUGGCUCGUCCAAUGGGUAUACAAAGAGAUUCAAUAACAACAACCACAACCACAACGGCAACAACUACAGCCAACAACCAUACCAACCACGUCCCUACAAGUCUCAUUACAGAAACAGCAACCGCAACUACAACAACAGCAACAACAACAAUAGCAAUAACAGCAACAAUAACCACAACUCACCCAACCCAAAUGCAAACGGUCCUUACAACCCAUCGCAUUUCAACAAUUUUGCCCCAAUGUACUAUAUGCCCAUGCAACCACCAGCAUUCAUGCCUCAACACCCACUCACUAUGCCUCCAAAUGGCGUUGCACCAAUUCCAGGUGCACCAGGAUUUGCGCCACCAGGAGCAAUCCCAGGAACGCCAUCCGCAUCUGCUUCUGCAUCUGCUUCAGCCCCACCACCACCACCAAUCUCACCUCAACAAAACCCAUCUGAAGCAUUACGAUAUCAAUUGGAGUACUAUUUCAGUGAUGAAAACUUGUUUAAAGAUUUCUUUUUAAGACAAAAUAUGGAUUUCGAAGGAUGGGUCCCACUCGAUUUGAUUUUAAGUUUCAAACGAGUUAAAAUUAUUACUCAACAAGGUGGCGUUGAUGUGGGUCAAGUUUUGGGUCAGUGUGGUAAUUUGGAAGUCAGUGAGGAUGGACAUAAGGUCAGAGCUAGAAGAUGA